GAAGACUAGGUAUCCCAUGUUUUAGAACGACAGCGAAAUAGGAUACCUGGAUGUCUGCUUACGUAAGUAAUUGCUGCAAGUUUGAGUCGGCGUCACACAAAGACAUUGAUGCAUAUUGCUGGAGAGCGGAUAACCGAGAGGGGUGACGAGGUGGACACUAGAUGAGACUCUGAUGUUCGUAUGUGCAAUCAAUUCGAAUAUUCGGACGAGAUUGCGUUUGGUGGUCCGAACCUCAACGAUGAACACCAUCGCUUGAAGGGAGCGUAGUAAACACAAAAGGUGCUUCAAUACGUAUUGUCCUGUUUUGGCAGUGGUCACUGCUGCCUUAUUUGUCGUGCAGCUCAACUUUCUUCUUUGCUCACAACACUCUCUACGAUUGCUGAUAUACGAUGCCUAAUCGAUUGAAGUUUUUUAAAAGGGGGCACUCUCCUGUGCCUCCCGGCGGCCCAUCGCCACCCUCGACUUCCGUUCCCAACCUCCAGAUCACUUCUUCUCCAAUUGAAAGCGAUGCAACAACUAGCACAGACCACGGUGGAUCUGAUAGAUCUCAUCUUAAGCCUUUUACUGCUACUGGUGGUAGUUCUCGAAGCCGGAAGCAGCGGAGGUCUGUUCGGCACGCUAUAGAUCAGCUGUUCAGCAGAAGUCCCAGCCCCGAUCCCACUCAUAUCGACCAAUCGAACUCCUCCGAUCCCAGACAAUUUGACUCCUCUGCGCCCGAUCUGCCAUCCCCAACCGUCCCUGCUGGUGACGGAAAGAAAACAAUCAUUGCCGCCACAAGGCUCGUCCUCCAAACUGCCGCCUCUGCUCUUAAGUUCGUCCCUAUUCCAAACCUCGAUCAGAUACCAAGUAUACUCCUGACAUGGCUCCAAGUUUACGAGACGAUUGACAACAAUGACGAAAACCUCAAGGGAUUAGACGAUGAAGUUAGAAAGGCUCACGAAACGAUCUUUAGACCUCUCCAGUUGUGGACUGGCCAAGUUCCUCCCGAAAUAAGUGAUCUGAUUCAACGAUUUAAUUUAGCUCUAAAACAACAAGUAAAGCAAAUAGAGGCACUCAAACGUCAAAAGCUUGCCAAGAGGGUAAUUUUAGCGACUGAAAUAACCCAGGAAAUAAGCGCCGUACAGUCGUGCAUCCGUGAUGCCAUCUCCCGCUUUUCGACUGCUGCGACAACUCUAAAUCUCCUUCACACAAUUCGGUUAUCGGUGGACUGUUUGUUGUUCUCCAUUGAUUUCACCGUUUGGAAUUUAAUGAACAUUUCAGAUGAACUCUCAAAACUCCACAAAGCAAAUGCGGGAUAUUCUGCCGUGAAAAGCAAGUCGGAGUGCCUGGAAAGUACGCGUGUCCAGAUCCAGGAAUCGAUACUCGAUCAUUUAGAGAACCGGAAGCACCGAUUUGUCUGGCUUCGUGGCUCUCCGGGUACGGGGAAGACUGCUAUAUCAAUGAGUGUUGCCUCGGCUCUUAACAAGCAGGGACGCCUGGCAGCAUCUUUCUUCUGGGACAAAAAUCGUCAGGGAGAAGGACUUGCUUCGAUUGAACACUUUCCCUCUACUCUUGCACGUCAGCUUGCCUUGUUUAACGCCGAGUAUGAAGGUCUUCUUGUCAGCCAACUCCGACAGUCCCUGGCACUGAAGGACCUCCGACUGGAGGAGCAGAUGGGAUCUUUGAUUGUCGAUCUCAUACACAAACUCUUAUCUUUGCGCAGGGAGCGCCCCGUCAUUAUCUUGGAUGGACUGGACGAGUGUGGGGCUCAGGAAGAACUUAAGUCCUUAAUGAAGCUAGUACUUAUCCUUGAUGAGCUGCCUCCCGCAUUUGCCGUGUUGGUCAGCUGUCGGCCAGAGUCAUCCGUUGUGUCGGCUUGGGUUAGAGCUCGAGCUCAGGGUCUUGUCAUACCUUGUGAAGACAUGGACAUUGUCGCCGAGGAAGAGAAGUUUCACACUAUCCACCGCAUGGUGGAGGAAGGCCUUCGGGAUUGCCAAUUAUUGCCUCAAUCCGAGUCCGGGAUGUCUCCUUUCAAACCUGUCGUGGUGCAACCCUUCGAUCCGAGUUCGAAUACUUUCGUGAUUUGAUCGAUGCCCCUGAAGACAUCAAUAAGGAGUACCUGCGUGUACUUCGCCGUGCCUAUAUAGUCGGUUCAUCUAGAGUCCGUACACAUACAGCCCAGAACUGUCAGGAAUUGCCGAGGAAGAGGUCCUAGCCAUAUUGGAUCCAAUUCGCUCAAUUGUUGAUCUUUCUUCAAAGAGUGGCUUGGAACGUUCUUCGGAAAGUC